AUGGGGCUCGCUGUGCUGCUGGCGGACAGCCGCGGCCCCGCUAGUGUGGUGCGAGACUUCCAGAUCACCCGGCGGCUGGGGUUGGAGGAUGGCAUUCCCACGACUCCUCAUCGGGGACUACCUUUGCCUGAAGAUUUGAGGUGUGACUCAAAUUUCGUGCUGUUAGAAAUCAACAAUGGAGAUUUCAGUUUUUUUCAUGGAAAGUGUGAAGCACUCUGGCCAAUUUUCCGCAUUUCUCAUCCAAGAAGCCGUUACAUUUAUGAUCUUUUCUAUAGAAGAAGGAAGGAUAUAUCUAAGGAGCUGUAUGAAUUUUGCCUGGACCAGGAUUAUGCAGACCGUAAUCUCAUUACAAACUGGAAAAAUGUUAGUUGCCUCAGCUUUAUAUCAUUUGAGCUAGGGGCCAAGACGGAUGAGGUUGAUUUGGCUUGA